AUGGGGAAAGGAACUAUUACCAAGAACAGAGGCCUCUCAAAGCACUCGCGCGCAGCAAGAAGAGCCACUGAUGUCGACAUUGACACGGACAAGUCGCUGAAGGAGGUCAGACCGCCAAAGGACGACUCCAUCAACAACCGACCCUCCGUCCUCGCCAUCCACCAGGGCGCAGGCAUCAGCAAGAAACAGAAGAAUGGCCGGAACAUGAGCUCCAGGGCCAAGAAGAGGGCCGAGGAGAAACAGGACAAGGCCGCCGCAAUCAUGGAGCGGACCGAGAACAAGAUUGAGAAGAGCAAGAACAGUGCCAAGACUGUCCUGACGCGGCGCAAGAACUGGGAAGACAUCAACAAGGAUGUGCCCUUGGACAAGAACCCCUUCGCGAAUCUGGGCGACGACGAUGAGGAUGAGGAGGAGGAGGAGGAGGAGGAGUCUGAGGCUGACGACGAGAUCAAGCAAGCAAACGCUGCUGUGCUGCAGGCUCAAGCCGCGCCUGCGACCAUGGGUGACGAUGAUGAUGACCAAGUGUUAUAG